AUGGCGGACUUGAAGCUGCUGGUGCCGGAGCUGAACGAGGCGGAGGAAAUGGGCGCUGACACGGCACGUUUCCAGGAGCUGCUGCUGCAGGCCUCCAAGGAGCUGCAGCAGGCCCAGACGAGCAGACCAGAAUCAACACAGAUCCAACCCCAACCAGGCUUCUGCGUGAAGACCAACUCAUCGGAAGGGAAGGUUUUCAUCAACAUCUGUCACUCUCCCUCCAUCCCUCCUCCCGCCGACAUGACCGAGGACCAGCUGCUUCAGAUGCUGGAGGAGGACCAAGCCGGGUUUCGCAUCCCCAUGAGUCUGGGGGAGCCUCAUGCCGAACUCGAUGCAAAAGGCCAGGGCUGUACCGCCUACGACGUGGCUGUCAACAGCGACUUCUACCGGCGGAUGCAGAACAGCGAUUUCCUGCGAGAGCUGGUGGUCACCAUCGCCCGGGAGGGCCUGGAGGACAAGUACAGCCUGCAGCUGGCUCCGGAGUGGCGCCUGCUGAGGAACCGGCCUUUCAUGGGCUCCAUCUCCCAGCAGAACAUCCGCUCCCGCCAGCGCCCUCCGAUCCAGGAGCUGGGGAACGUGCUUACCGCCGGCUCCCUGCGGCCCGAGGGCAGCCCUGAGGAGCCGCACCUGAGCCUCUGGCUGGAAGCCCCCGACCUCCUUUUGGCGGAAAUGGACCUCCCCAAACUGGACGGAGCCCUGGGGCUGUCGCUGGAGAUCGGGGAGAGCCGCCUGGUGCUGGGGGGCCCCCAGCAGCCGUACCAUCUGGACGCCUACAUCCCCCUGCGGAUCAACUCCGAGGAGAGCAGGGCGGCCUUCCAUCGCAAGAGAAGGCAGCUGAUGGUGGCCAUGCCCCUGCUGUCCGCGCCUUCCUGA